AUGAAGGUACAAUGGUUACGAGAUAACUACGAACAGACAGAAGGUGUCAGCCUGCCACGCAGCUCCCUCUACAUAAACUACCAAGCUCACUGCGAACAAUGCAAUUUGGACCCCAUGAAUCCUGCAUCAUUUGGAAAGUUGAUCAGAUCCAUUUUUCCAGGUCUGAGGACUCGUCGACUAGGAACUAGAGGGCAUUCCCAGUACCAUUACUAUGGAAUUAGGAUAAAGCCGACCUCAUCGUUGAGGGACUUUGAUGAUAGAGGUUUAAAAAUGGAGCACCUUCGCCAUCGUCGCCAACACCAUCCAAGCAUGCCUCCUCACCAUCAGAACAUUAGUGAUGAGAUGGAUAGCACAAACGACAGUAUGGCUGAGGGCAACAACAACAGCAGCUGCAACAACAGUGCCACUAAUUUAACUCAGAAUAAUCAGGACUUUUUAGGAGCAGUUCCUGACAGGGCCACCCACUUCGAACCUUUAGAUAUUCAACUUGAGGAUUUGCCUGACGGUUGCACACUGGAUAAUAUUUCAACCUUUGUCUCACUCUUCAAAAAUCAUUGCAAGUACUUCAUGAAGUUGGUAUCAAAACUUCAGUUCUCAAAGAUAGAGGCCCUGUGGAUCAGUUUUUGGAAAAAUCUGAAGCAAGAUGAGAAUGAAAAUGAUGGUGAUAUGCCAACCGGUGAUAAAUCAAAAUGUCAGCUGUCAAAAGAGAUGUUCUACAGCAUCUGCCAACACAGGCGAAUUCAGCAGUUCAUCAGGCACGCUGAACACAUUCUCUAUCAAGCAGUGGUCCACGUCCUUCUUCCUGAUGUCCUCAAGCCUAUACCAUGUUCUCUGACACAGAGCAUUAGAAACUUCGCAAAACACAUGGAAGGAUGGAUGAAGAAUGCACUAUCAGGUGUUCCACAAGAGAUAUUAAAUAUUAAGAUGCAAGCCGCCUGUGCACUGGCUCAGAUACUUCGUAGGUACACAUCACUGAAUCACUUGGCCCAGGCAGCUCGUGCUGUCCUGCUCAAUCAAGUGCAGAUCAACCAGAUGCUGGCUGACAUAAACAGAAUUGACUUUGACAAUGUGCAGGACCAAGCAUCAGUGGUGUGCCAUUGUGAAGACACAACGAUCACAGAUCUGCUGGCUGACUUUAAACUCGUCCUUCAGCAGCAGGCAGCACUCGAAGAUUGGGCUUCCUGGUUGAAGGAUGUUGUCGAUCGCUUCCUCGGCUCCACUGCAACUCUCAACAGUUCUGAUUUUUCAUCAUCUGCUGAUCAAUUUUUGCUUAAAUGGUCAUACUACAGCUCCUUGAUAAUCAGAGACCUGACCCUUCGAAGUGCUGCCAGUUUUGGUUCGUUCCACCUCAUCAACCUCCUCUUCAACGAAUACAUGUACUACUUAGUUGAGCACAAGGUGGCAGAAUCUUUCGGCCACACCUGUAUUGCCGGCAUG